GAACAGCUCAAGGCUUUGCCUUUAGUUCGACAAGGUGGAUUACGGGCCAUGGCAUUCCCUGAGCCCAAACCACUGGGGCCCCAGCUACCCCAGCACCUGCUCCGGACCUUGGACUGCAAACAGGGAGCGGUGAGAGCUGUGCGUUUCAAUGCGGAUGGAAACUACCUACUGUCGUGUGGCAGUGACAAAACGCUUCGACUGUGGAGUGUGAGCAGGGGAACUCCGCUGAAGACCUACAGUGGGCAUGGUUACGAGGUUCUGGACGCUGACAGUUCCUUUGACAACAGCCAGCUGUGUUCCUGCAGUUCUGACAAGACCGUGAUCCUGUGGGACGUGGCAACGGGACAGGUCACCCGCAAACUGAGGGGUCAUGCUGGGAAAGUGAACUGUGUGCAGUUCAAUGAGGAAGCUACAGUCAUGAUAUCAGGGUCCAUCGACGGCACGGUCCGCUGCUGGGACACGCGGUCCAGGAGGCCCGAGCCCAUCCAGAUUCUGGACGAGGCCCGGGACGGUGUGAGCAGCGUGAAGGUUUCCGAACACGAGCUGCUCACUGGCUCUGUGGACGGCAAAGUGAGGCGAUAUGACCUGCGGAUGGGGCAGCUGCACGUGGACUUCAUCGACAGCCCCAUCACAUGUGUGUGCUUCAGCCAGGACGGGCAGUGCUCCCUCAGCUCCAGCCUGGACUCCACCGUGCGCCUGCUGGACAAGAGCACCGGGGAGCUGCUGGGAGAGUACACCGGCCACAAGAACACCGGGUACAAGCUGGACUGCUGCCUGUCCAACAAGGACACCCACGUCGUGAGCUGCUCGGAGGACGGGCACGUGUACUACUGGGACCUGGUGGAGGGGUCUCUGUCACUCAAGUUGUCGGUUGGGAAGGCCGUUGUCCAAUCCCUGGCCUUCCACCCCACUGAGCCCUGCCUCCUCACUGCCAUGGAAGGGCGUGUCCAGGUGUGGGGGGCGGAGCCAGAAGAGCCAAAGGAGGAGGCAACUGUUUGAAAUUCAAAUCCAACUGACAUGGAAUGGACCAGACCAGCCAGACCAACCGCCAUCCAUCCAUCAUCAAUGCCAAUUUCAACAGCCGGUUAAUCACUUAAUUCUGAAAAGGACAAUUCUGUGUACACACCUCC